GAGAAUAUUGGUGUGCGCCUGUUAAUUGUUGUUAUAAUUCUUCGCAUAUCAGAGAAACGAUAGAACUGUGUAUAAAAACCAUAAACGCGUGAGGAAAACCUUAGACGAUUUUUAGUAGCAUACUUGGAACAUCAAAGACAGCAUUGCGCACCCACUGGUACAAUGAUUCCGGCAAUUACAUCGAAUGACAAAUUUCACAAUGUUAUUAUUAGUACAGGAAAUAUUCUUAACUUAAAUAACCAAUUAGGUGGAAAGUCAACUGAAGAAAUUCUGGAUGGUUUGAGUUUGACAUUACAGUGCCAAGAAGCCGCCUCACAAGUGGAAUUGAUUGAAGCAGAUGGUUGUGUACUUCGAGCUACAGAAGAGCUCAAGCAGAAAUUAACCGAAAACGAACGGUCAGAUAUUAGUAUUGGUGCAAAAAUAUUUUUAAACAAAAAUUCUAGUGCGUAUGUAAAGCAGGCGAUAAGAACAUUACUGCAAGUACUUAAAGUAGAGCACGUGGACAACGUAGUGUUGGCGUAUCACCCGACAACUGGAGAUAAAUCAUUAAACAGCAACAGUAAAGAGCAUGCUCAAAUUAAUGACAAAUCGGAUCAAUUAAAAGAACUUUGGGCGUCAUUGGAAGAAUUUGCAUUGCAAAAGAAAAUAACACAAUUGGGCAUUGCAGAUUUAGAUAUUGAACAACUGCGCCAAUUAUAUGCAACCGUCAAGGUUUAUCCGACUAUAGCGCAAAUUAAUUUGGAAUCUUGCUGUGUGGUACCACCAGCAUUACAGGAAUAUUGUACAAAACAUGAUAUACAACUGUUGACACAUAGCGAUCCAGAAGUUUUGUUAUCCGAUGAACAAUUUAUUGUACCUGGCUACCAAGUGGAUUGGGCUUUACGUUAUCAAGUGCAUGUUCGAUGUCGCGGUGUAAUAACUGCCAAAGGCUACAUACUCGGCGCCAGCAAACGCGAUCAAAUAGAAGUAGCAGUUUGAAUGCCAAUCUAGUUCAAGUGCUAAAAACGCGGGUGGAGGGCAAUAGCGUGCGAUUUGUGUGUAUUGUGUGUAACUAAUGUGUAUAGAAAUGCUGGUUCAGCGAUAUGGAUUAAUAUUGGUGAUUAUUGCUCUGCCGAAAGCUUUUUAUUUGGGGUGCAUCCAAACAUGAAGAUGUAGUUAAAGGGAUUUAAUGGCCUUAUUCGAUGCAGCACGUUAAGCUUUUUUAUCACUGCAAAAAGUAAAGAAUAAAAUUAUUAAAAACACCACACACAUCCUACAUGCAUAUGAAUUUACUAUAUAGACGGAGUUGUUUGCGCCCCUAUAAUAAUAUACUUACAUAUAUAUAAAUAACAACAAUAAACUUUUAUGUUGUUAUAUACGAUUAUUUACAUUUAUAUAAUUAACUUUUUUAUAUAUUACUUUUAUUGCGGCUAUAUAUAAUUAAAGCAAUAUUGAGGCGAUACAGAUAUACAUACAUACAUACAUACAUAUUUGGAGCGUUUAGAGGUCUAAAAGACUAAUGCGAAAAGUAAAAGUUUACAUGUGUAUAUAAGCUACAAAAUAAGAGAUCGAAAACACAAAUUGGAAAUACGUUUGUAAAAUGGUUUAAGAAAUUUCUUAUUGAUUUACAUUAAAAAUUCAACUUACCAAAACUGUGCAACAAUUUUCGAAAUAUGUAUAACAUGAAAUGUUUAAUAAAUAAUAGAAAAUUAAUUAAAAUAUGUCUUUGUAAACCAUAAACAUACAUACAUACAUACAUACAUACAUAUAUACGUAUUUACAUUAAUAAAAAUGAAAUAAACAUGUAUAUUUUAAGAAUGCAUUGUAAACUUAAUAAAAAACUUUUGAGUAGUAAUAAUUAUAUCAAAUACAAAACAGCUGCAAGCUAUGGGUUUAUACAUACAUACAAACAUCAUACAUAUGUACGUAGAUUUAUUGUAUUAAUGUUGUAAUGUAAUUACACAAUUCGCUGCAAUUUCACAGUAAAUAUUUUUUUUAGUUAAAAAUAAAUUAUAUGAAACAAAAAAAAAAACAAACAGAUUAUCACAAACUA